AUUAACCAUAUUAGCAACAAUAAUUGUUGAAAAACAAAAUAAACACAACAAUAUUGAAAACAAUGAUAAUCUAAAAAUAAUACUAAAUUACGACUAUAUUGUUGUCGGUUCGGGAGCUUCGGGAACAACAGUUGCCGCCCGGUUGGCUGAAAAUAGUAAAACAAGUGUACUAUUGUUGGAAGCGGGAGGCUAUCAAAAUACAUAUAAUGACAUCCCUGCAUUUGAAUCAAUAUUAAGUGAAACUCAACAAAACUGGAAUUAUACUAUUGUUAAACAAAAAAAUGCAUAUUUGGCUUUUGUGGACAACCGGUAUAACAUACAACAGGGACGAGUUUUAGGCGGAUCCACAGCUAUUAACUCAAUGAACUACUAUCGCGAGUGUCCCGACUAUUAUCGUUUGUGGUCUGAUAUUACAGGUGUUAAAGGUUGGAGUUAUUCCGAUGUUUUACCGUUUUUUCUUAAAACCGAAAAUAAUUUGGACAAAAAAUUAGUGUCUAUUGACUCAAAGUAUCAUAAAUCGGGCGGAAAGUUGACAGUAACCACACCUGAUGUCGAUGUUAUUCUUAAAAAUUAUAUAAUUGCUUCAAAACAGUUGGGUUAUAAGUGGACACAUAUGGAUGGAAGGAAUCCAAUGGGAACCACAUAUAUGCAGAAAACAAUAGAUAGUAAUGGAUUUCGCCAAUCAAUUGCAAAAAUAUUUCUCGAAAAUCGAAGUCAAAAAAAUCUCAAAGUUUUAGGUAAUUCUUUGGUAACAAAAAUUUUGAUUAAUGAUAAAAAACAAGCCAUUGGUGUUGAGGUUUACAGAAAAGCUAAAAAAUAUCAAGUAUUUGCUAAGAAAGAAGUUAUUAUAAGCGCUGGCGCUAUAGGAAGUCCUAAAUUAUUGAUGCUAUCGGGUAUCGGACCAUCAGAUCAUUUGAAAAAACUGCAUAUUCCUGUAGUUUCUGACCUAAAAGUUGGUUAUAAUAUGAUUAAUUCACCGAUGAUUGAGAUAAAUACUAUUGGUUUUGAUAUAAUCAAUCAAUCGUUAGUUGAGAAACCACUCGAAACAUUUGAGAAUAUUUACAAUUUUUUUGUCAACCAUUCCGGGCCUUUAAGAAACAAAGUAUCGGGUGUUUCCUGUUUUCCUGAAAUGUCGUACAACAGUACAUAUCCACAACUAAGUAAUGGAUGUGUAUUACCCCGAACUAGUUAUAUAGACACUGAUUUGGAUGCAUUGGUCGCACAUUACAAACAUCCCGAUCAAUGGCGUCAAUAUUUUAGACCAUAUCUAAAUCGGACCAGUUUUUCACUUUAUGCAGUAAUAAAACGCGCCAAAAGUGUAGGCCGUAUACAACUUGCAUCUACUAAUCCUCUUGAUGAACCAAUUAUUGAUCCAUGUCAAUUUUGUGAUAAAAAAGACAUAGAUGAUCUUGUUAAAACAAUCAAAUUAGCAUUAAAAAUUUAUACAAGCACAUAUAUGAAACAAUAUAUUAAACCCUAUAAAUAUCCCAUUCCUGGUUGUACGCCCUGUCCUCACAAUUAUUUUUGCGAUACGUAUCUAAAAUGUAUAGUACAGGCAAAUACCGAUUGGGUAUUACCAAUGGGUGGGUGUCGUAUAGGUGUAUCUCCCGAUACCGAUGCUGUUGUCGAUGAAAACUUUAAAGUGUUUGGUGUUUCAAAUUUACGAGUUAUUAACUCCUGUAUAAUACCGGUUGCAACCGAACAGAUAAAUGCCAUAUCGGUUAUGAUUGGAGAAUAUGGAGCCCACAAAAUCAUUAAUACAUUAUAAACUGUAGAUUAUUUGUUAAUUUUACUUUAUU